ACGACAUUUGUUGGUUAUCAAAGACUGUUUGGUAUAUAGGCUGUAUCUAACAAAAAACUUGUACAGUAUUUGUUUGCCAACCAUCUACUUAACCACACACUCUUUUAAUGUUGUCCUUCCUACUUUUCUUCUUUAAAUAUCAUCACUUUUUCUUUAUUAUCAUACUUGCAUACCUUGUGUUUGUUCUUUUGCCUUGCUGAACUUGAACUACUACUCCCAUUUUUUUCCCAAAGCAGCAGAAGGGGUUGCUCAAAUUCUUUUUUUUUUUAGUUGAUUAAUUCUUUUGUUAGGUAGUCAUGACAAUUGCAGCAGACUUUUAUGAUGAGCAGGAUUCAGUGUUUUGUUCAAAGAGAGUUUGUGUGAUGGAUGCUGCUGGUCAGCUGGGAUCUGCAAUUGUCCAUCAGCUCUUGCUCAGAGGUUAUACAGUCCACGCCGCUUUUCAAAACCAUGAUGAAAUGCAAUGUUUUAAGAUGAAAUAUGGUUGUGGCAAUGAUGACAGCAAAAGCAAGAAGUUGAUAUGUUUCCAUGCUGACCCCUUGGAUUAUCAUAGCAUAGUAGAUGCUCUCAAAGGCUGUUGUGGUCUGUUUUACUCAUUCGAGACCCCCUCUGACUAUCCGACCUACGACGAAUUGAUGGGAGAAAUGGAAGUCAGAGCAGCUCACAAUGUGAUGGAAGCCUGUGCACAAACAGACACCUUAAACAAGGUUGUUUUUACAUCAUCUGCAACAGCUGUGUUAUGGGGUACAAGGAAGAGGGACCAACAUGACUCUCCUGUGGCUUCCCAUUCUCAUUCCUAUGUCGAUGAAAGAGAUUGGACUGACAUCAACUUUUGCAAAAAGUACAAGUUAUGGCACGGCCUAUCAAAGACACAAGCGGAGAAAGCAGCAUGGGCAUUGGCAAUGGACAGAGAAGUGAACAUGGUGUCUAUAAAUGGAGGGUUGUUAAUUCAUCCAGACCUCAAUAUAAGAGAACCUUACUUGAAGGGAGCUGCAGAAAUGUAUGAAGAUGGUGUGUUUGUUGCAGUGGACCUCAAGUUCUUGGUAGAUGCCCAUAUGUGUGUGUUUGAGGAUGUUUCCUCUUACGGACGAUACUUAUGCUUCAACAGAGUCAUAAACACCACUAAAGAUGCUACCACACUAGCCAAUAUGCUUCUGCCUCCUUCAGCGUCAUCAGAAACACAAAGAUUGGAGGACGAUACUGUAUAUGAGCAAAGGAUUAGCAACAAGAAACUGAACAAACUGAUGCUAGGAUUUGAUACUGGAUUGGAAGUCCAAGUGAAUUGAUGCCAUCACUGUGUAUAAAGCAUGGCUCGUACAGAACUAAUCGAAGAACAUUGUUUUAUUUCAAAGAGACAAGAGAAGAGCCCCGUCAAAUUUUAGAUAGAUUCUGGAGAUUGAAGACCUCAUCAUAAGUUUAUUACAAAUUCUUUGUUUCUUUUGUUGAAGAAAUCUGUUACGAAUUUCACUUACAAGAAAGUUGCAUAUAAAGAAAGCAUAACAGAAAUGUCAAAUGACCAAACAAAAACAUUUUGCAUAGACCCAAGCUUUGAUAUAUGUAACAAUACCUUAUUGUACCUUUUCCACUUGCAAAUUACUACAGAAUGAAAUCAACUGAGAACGGAUUUUUUUU